GCCAUGAACGAAUCCACAGGGGAGAGAAACCGUAUGUGUGCAAGUUCUGUGGGAAAGCAUUCACUGAUCACAGUUCCCUUCGAUGCCAUGAAAGAAUUCACACUGGAGAGAAACCCUAUGUAUGUAAACAAUGUGGGAAAUCCUACAGUACUCAUGGUUCUCUUCGAUACCAUGAAAAGAUGCACUGUGUGUAAAUACAUUGGAAAACCUUCUCUUUGAAUACGUUUUAAUCUUAUUAACUAAAACAACAGCAACAGCCAAAUAUGGUUGCAAGCAAUGUGAAUAAGCCUGAACAUGUUCUGGUUCCCGUCAAAAGAACACUAAUGGAGACACAUUGGAGCGUAUCUCUAAAUAUAGAACAAAGGAAACCUCCAUUAUUGUAAGUUCUUUGUAGCAAACAUGAUGGCAUAAUGAAUUUAACCUGUGUCAAUGUAAAGCAUGCGGGAUUAUCUCUACUUGUCUCUGUUCAGUUCUCAAAACAACACUAAAGGGGAUGGGAAGAUGGCUCAGUCUGUAUAGUGCCUGCCACCGAAGCAUGAGAUCCUGAGUUUAAAUCCUCAGCACCCAUACAAAAGCCAGGCAUGGUGGCACAUGCCUGUAAAUAAUGCCAGUGCUGGGAGAGACAGACAAGAGAUUCCUGAGCUUGCUGGUUAGCUAGUCUACUCAAGUCUAUUCACAUUCUAAAAGUAAAGUGGAGAAUGAUCCAGGAAUACAUCCAACAUUAACAUCAACCUCUGACCUAUCCAUGCAAAUGUUAUGUGCAGCCACAAACAUAUGAACACUCUCCUCACAUGCAUGCACAUCAUACACACAAAAGAACUCACUAUAUCAAGAACCUUGGUUAGAAGAAAUCCAUAAGUCUUCUCUUGGCCAGCAUAUACACAGUCAAAACCUUGUAAAUGUAAGUAAAAUUGUCAUUUGUUGCAUGUGUCAAAGGCUGAUGUAGUAGGAUUCUGUUAACACAACUAAUGUGAAGAGCCUGGCAUAAAAUAAUUUAUGGAAUGCUUUAGAAAUUGCACACAUCAGAAGAAAUGCUCUAAUGUUUAGAAAUGUCUGUCAGUGGCACAUUCAUAGGUAGAUCUGAACUGUGUGCUAGUUUUAUUCUUAAAAACAAAUGUUUCAGUGAAAUUAUUUGCUAAGGUUUACUUAAACAGUUGCCUGUGCUUAAUCUGUAGUUUUAGUAUUGGUGAAUUCAGUUAAUAACUUUCUGCUUUUAAUUUAAAAUAUUUAAAUGUCUUUCUAAUAUGUCAGCAGUCUUAAUUUUUAUGUAGUUUUAAAAUAAUUUUGUCUAAUGGACCUGUAAGAAAUUUUUAAUUUGGGCUGGGAAAAUGACUCAAUGGAUAAGCAUCAGGACCUAGGUCAGAUCCCCAGUACUCAUUAAAAAACCGAGCUGUGACUAAACAUACCUGUAUCCCCAGCACUGAAAGUAGGGGAUAGUGCAGGAAGAUUCCUGGGGCUUGCUGGCCAACUGGUCUAGAUGACAAGCAAGCUCCAUGGUUAGUGCAAGACCAUUUCUCAAGCAAAUAAGGCAGAGAGUGGUAGGAGAGAAUACCUGAUGUUCUCUGGCUUCCACACAUGCAAGCUUGGUGCUCACAAGCAUGAAAGAUUAUUAACCCUUGGGUUUUCCUACUAGGCUCUUGUCAUAGGUCAUAUAUGUAUAUAAAUUCAGAACAAAUGACUUUAAAGUGAAUCACUAUUUUUCACUUUUAAUAUUUUCUUCAAAUAAAAUUUCUCUACAUCUUUUAUAAUUUAACUGUUUUCAACAGUGUAUGCAUUGACACAUUAUCUUUUUCAUAUAUGGACAAAAUAUCUGCAAAGUAGUCAUAAAAAGAUCAACUUCACAAUUUUUCUUUUCAUGUUAGAGUCAUUAUUGUCAAAACACUGAUGAAAUUUCCUUAUGUAAUGGAAUCCUACUAACUAAUGCUCUUUUCCUACAUAAACUUUAUCAUAUUUAUGGUACAGAUUUUUAUCAUAAUUUCCCCCUCACUACUAAAAGAUACAUCCCACUGUUUUAAAUGUGUUCUGGCCAGAGAUUACAAGACCAAGGCUUUAGUCACAUCAAAUGUAAUGGAUUGCAGGAAUAAAUCUAUCUACAUUCCAUAUGUGA